GCAGCGGAAAGCAGAUGAGGCCACAAAAGCCCGGUUGGAGGAGAUGGAACGGUUCAUGCGUGCCGGAUUCCAGUCUCCGCAACAGCCUUUUCCUCCCCCGUACGUAUUCCACCCUGAGCAAACUCCUCAAGUUCCGCACAUGGGCGGUAUGGGAUUUUUCCCCAACUCCGGAUACGGUGGCAUGCCUAUGAUCUCCCCGAAUUUCGGAUCUAUGUCCUUUGAUUUUGCGAGGUCAUCCGGAGGAGGUAGUGGUCCACCGAGCCAUGGACCCCGAGGAGGACCCCGAGGAGGAACCCGACCUGACCCCGAAGACCCCCCCGUGAACCCAGAUGAGUUUCUUGUUGAUGAUGAUGAUGAAGAAGAAGAAGAAAAUCCUAAUUUUUUUCAUAAUGGAGUCCCACGAAGGGACAUGUAAUCAUCAUACAUUUAUACUUUGUUGUAUGUCAAAACAUUUAAAAGUUUG